CAUCGCUGCUCAACAGAUUAGCAAAGUCCUUCUAAACUACAGCUGACCCGCGCCGUCGUUUUCUUUUCUCUUUUUUUUGCAGCAAAACAUGCGAGGAAGGGAUUUUAAAGCGCGAGAGGAAGCGUUAACGCGUCGUGUGCGUGUGUGACUCUCUGUUUCUUUCCUUUCUGUUCUUUUCACUGCUCGGCUGAGACCUUGCAGCGUGUUCCGGAGGCACUCAGUCGGAACAGCGAUGCUCGUGGAGCCGCAGAGCCGACGCGCGCACGCACGCACGCACGCGCUCGCGCAACCGUCAAACACGUGACACACGCGCCCACGCCUCACCUCUGCCUCCGCGUGCCAGUCUGCGAUGGGACGGGAAGACAUGUCAUUUUGUGGACAUUAGCUGGUACUGCUUUCAAGAGGGCAAAGCUCCACGCUGCCUUGCAGGAGAAACAUCGUCUGAACCUUGAGCCGAUUAACCGGAACCUGUAGACAAGCGAGUAUGACCAGGUGCGAUCCGACUAUGAGCAGCUGAGGCAGAGCUUUGCUGUAGUGAGCCAGCAGAGACAACGUGGACACAACGUGGACACAACGUGGACAACCUGGGACGGGUUCUAAAGCAUAUGCACACGGCUGUCGAGCUGAAGCAGCAGCUGCAGAUAGAGCAUGAGCGAGCGUUGGUGGCCCUCCACCCCAAGCAGAAGGAGGACAAUCAACUGCAAAAGGUCAAGGUUUGUGACCUGGAGCGGAAAUGCCGGUCACAGAGUGAACACUUCCACCAGCUGUCCGAUGAGCUGCUGAAUUUUCGUUUGCGAUCAGAUACUGUGGAAAUCCUUCAAAUUAAUCCCGCCCCCACACCCCGGAUCUCUCGCUGCUCAGAGAAGAACUUCUCCCGAGUCGCCCUUGGAUUUAAAGUCCAGACAAAGACAGGCGAUGAGAGCGCGGCAAACCCGCCUCUGCUGAUCCCUCAGCUCACGCCCUGCACGCCACAGACUGGGAACAGAAAGAGACCGCCGUCUGUCAAAUCCAGCACCGUGACAACGGACCGCCCCAGCAACCCUCGACAGCGGACCCCCUCAGAGAUGGAGGAUGAGGCCAGCCCAUCAUCCAGGUCCAAGGCUCGCUACACAGGCCAGGUCCGCCUGUGCACUGCCCGAUACAGUUACAACCCGUACGAUGGACCCAACGAGCACCCGGAGGCAGAACUCCCCCUUGUGGCCGGGAAGUAUCUGUACGUGUACGGAAACAUGGACGAUGACGGCUUCUACCAAGGGGAGCUGCUGGAUGGCCAGCGAGGACUUGUUCCCUCCAAUUUUGUGGAAUUUGUCCAAGACAAAGAAAAACUGGCCAUCGAGUCGGGGGAGAGAGGCGACGACCCGGGCCCUCUAGACCACAUGCCCCUGGCCUUGAUGGCCGGGGAUGGAGGUGCCACCCAGGACGGCCUCUUGCGCUGCUCAUCUAACGCCUUGGUUCCCUGCAGCAAUGGGACAGGGGGGCCGCUCGACCCCGAGGACCUGGCUGAAGACGUUGUGCCUUAUCCCCGAAAGAUCAACUUGAUCAAGCAGCUGGCACGCAGCGUCAUCGUGGCCUGGGAGCCUCCCGUAGUGCCUUUGGGCUGGGGCAACAUCUCCGGCUACAACGUGUUAGUGGACGGGGAGCAUCGCGCGACCGUGACGUACGGCGGCAGGACCAAGAGUUUGCUGGAGAAGCUGGACCUGGACGGCGGCGUCCACCGCGUGGCGGUGCAGAGCGUCACGGACCGCGGCCUGUCGGAUGAGCUGCGCUGCACCUUGCUGGUGGGGGCCAACGUGGUGGUCGCGCCGUGCGGCCUCCGGGUGGAUGACAUCCAGCGCGACACUGCCGAGCUGUCCUGGUUGCCCAGCAACAGUAACUAUUGUCACAACGUGUUCCUGGACGGGGCGGAGCAUGCGGUGGUGAAGCCGGGGAGGUACAGACUACGCUUCGUCAACCUGAAGCCCCUGACGGUUUACAAAGUGACGGUGGUGGCGCAGCCGCACCAGGUGCCGUGGCAACUGCCGCUGGAGCAGAGGGAGAGGAAAGAAGCCGGUGUGGAGUUCUGCACUCAGGCUGCAGGUCCAACAGCAUAUUGCAGAACAGGCCCUCCUCAGCCUCCCCAGGAUGUACAGGUGCUCUGUGGGCAGGCUCCAGGGGUCCUACAGGUCCGCUGGAAGCCCCCCAUGCUCUCUCCUACAGGCACAUCUAACGGGGCAAAUGUCGUUGGCUACGCAGUCUGCACUAAGGGACAGAGGAUUGCUGAAGUGUUGUUCCCAAUGGCCGACUACGUCACUGUGGAGCUCACGCGGAUUCAGUGCCUGGAGGCUCGGGAAGUCAUCGUGAGGACGCUGUCAGUUCAGGGAGAGUCCCAGGACUCCCUUGUCGCCGUCAUUCCAAACAACCUCCUCGUGCCUCUACCUGCGAUCCCCCUGCCACCCCCCAUGCACCCCCACGCGGGCCCCCCUCCACACCCCCACGGCCAGCCCCACCUCCAAUCCCCUCACCUCCCUCACGCCACACCCCAACUUCCUGCCCCACAUCAGGCUCACGGACAACCACCCCAGCCCCAUCCUCCUCACCCGCAACCCCACCUCAGACUCCCCCACCCGGGUGGACCCCCGCAACCCCAGCACCGACCCCCGCAUCCUCAGCCCCAGCCACAGCCCCUACACCACCAGCCCCGCCAUCCGCACCAAGGUCCCAGGCCCCUGCACCAGCUGCCUCUGCUACCCCACCCCCAUCACCACCCUUUACCUCAGAGACCAGUAUGUGCCCGAGACCUGGAUGCCAAAGAGCACGCAGCCCACCACGGGGGAGCUUUUCCACCCGGCCAGCCCGGCUGGGACCCGACACGCUCUCCCAAUUCCCAGCCGUCCGUGCCCAUGCACGGCCACACCCUCGAGGCCCCUCCCACUGCCAAUCCACGUUCCCCCUCCCCCCAGAGGAUUCUCCCCCAGCCCCGAGGCACGCUCAUCCCGGACACCGUGGCCAAAGCCAUCGCCCGAGAAGCGGCGCAGAGGGUGGCAGCGGAAAGUGGCAAGGCGGACAGGAGGCCGGCCAGAUUUGGAGAGCAAGGUCGUUCAUUUCACCAGCAUCAUUCCGAUGAGGAAGAGGAGGACGAAGAAGGGUUUGCGCACGGCCGUCGGAGAGGACCCUCGGUGGACGAGUUCCUCAGAGGCUCUGAGCUGGGGAGGCCGCCUCACUAUAGUCACAAUGAAGAUUAUCACAGCGAAAGCAGCCGGGGCUCUGACCUGUCUGACAUCAUGGAAGAGGAUGAGGAGGAGCUGUACUCUGAGAUGCAGCUGGAAGAGGGACGUCGACGCAACUCGCACAACACACCCAAGAACAGCGCCGCUGCUGGAGGCCGCCACGACCGGGAGCCGGGCAGAAGAAACCAUCCCGGCGGCCCCCAGCCUCAGAGAAGACCUCUGAUGGUCCCCUCCAUUGAGGUAACCUUUGAGAAUAGCAGUGAGGCAAACCCCGUCACCGAGGAUGUUUACUAUGGCAGAGUAGCUCGGCACAGGACGUGGUCUUCCCGCAGGCACAUGGGCGGCACCAGGUCACCCCAUGAUGGCUACAGGGACCGGGACCGCCGCUCUCCCACCUACUACGACGAGUCCGAGCCCGAGGAGUCCUUCAGGAUCUUUGUGGCCCUUUUUGACUACGACCCUCUGUCCAUGUCCCCCAACCCGGAUGCAGCUGACGAGGAGCUGCCCUUCAAAGAGGGGCAGAUCAUUAGGAUAUACGGCGACAAAGACACAGAUGGGUUUUACAGAGGAGAAGUGAGGGGCAGGAUGGGGCUGAUCCCCUGUAACAUGGUGUCCGAGAUCAGAGCGGAGGACGAGGAGACCAUGGACCAGCUCAUCAAACAGGGCUUCCUGCCACUCAGCACCCCUGUGGACAGAUUAGAGCAGAGCAGAAGAGGCCUGCGUCGAGAUCAGGCCUCGAGGAGGAUGGUGGCUCUGUACGACUACGACCCCCGAGAGAGCUCCCCUAACGUUGACGUCGAGGCCGAGUUGACCUUCUGUGCUGGUGACAUCAUGGCUGUGUUCGGAGAUAUUGAUGAGGAUGGAUUCUAUUAUGGCGAGAUCAACGGCCACCGCGGCCUGGUUCCCUCUAACUUCCUGGAAGAAGUGCCUGAUGACGUGGAGGUGUAUCUGACCGAUACUCCGUCCCACUACCCCCAGGAAGAGCCUGCCAACCGCGCCCCGGCCAAUUCGGCCUCCGCCGUCUCGGAGGGCAAACGGGUGACCACGGAGCCCACGGAAACCACCAACGCGCUCGACAACGAGGCUCCACCUGUCCGAGCGCCGUCCCCGAUUGUUCGGCCCCUCCUCCCAGGCACCAUGAGACCCCUCAGCCCCACGAGGUGCCCCCACAUCCCCAUAGAGCCCCGAGAUCCCCGGGACCAAGAUCUGGCAAACAAGAAGAAGAAAGGGCUACUUUCCAAAGGCAAGAAGCUCCUGAAGAGACUCUCACCUGUGAAGUAAAAGAAGAAAAAAAAAGCAUACAUGUGCAAUACGUGCACAGGCUGUGUAUAUUGCAUCCACACAAUCAACUCCGAUCCAACAACACAUGACGGAGAGGAUGUGAGCCUAUUUUAAUAUAAUCAGUAACACAGUUAUUCAUGUACGGUGAGGGAUACAAAUCAACUAAAUGAUGUAUAGUGCAGUGCCAAAAUCAAGAGACAGAGGUCACCCGCGGACACAAAAACAUAUUACUGUGAUGUAUUUUAAAUCAACAGAUCGUUUAUGAAGAAAAAAAAAACAACAACUAGGAUUUUCAUGACACGUACUUUUUCUUUUUUUUCUAUCACUAGUCAAAGAAACUCUACAUUUGUUUUAAGCAGGGUAGCUAUGAAAACAAAGCCUCUGGGUACAUCCACGGUCGGAACAGGCUUUUUUUUUUUCCUCAGCAGCAAAACAGGAGAAAAACAACAUCAAUGUUGCACAGUAUUGAUGUGACAACAAGGAAACGAGAGUCCACAGUCCUCUAGGAACAUCUCAAAUAGACUACACUGUUAUCAAGGCGUUCCGUGAGGGAACGCUGGCUGCUAACUCAAAGCCUUUAUUCAGUGCAAUAUCACCGAGAGGCGGUAGCAUACGUGGGAAGAAAAGAAACAUUUCCACUCGUACCUGUGAUUUCAUCGUAGUGGGUGCUCUUCUGUGAUGAAAGGAGUGGUGGAGGGAGACUAGCAGAUUGGCGACGGGGCAUUAACUUCAGAGGCGGGCUUAGUUGUCUCAGUGGCCUUUAUGAGAACAAUGUGAGCCUGACGUUCCUCAGCUGAUUUUCGCCAGGCUUUUUGUUUCAUGACGGGUCGCUCGUGCUUCGUCAUAUUCCAAAAUGAAACAAGGGCAGAAAUGUUUGCCGUCCUUGCUGUCAAAACUGUCAUGAAACGCCUAGUUCAAGACUACAUUUUGUGUCCGUCUUCCUAUUGCACAAAGGUGGGUGUUUUGAUUGGUAAAAUACCAGAGUUUUGUGUGCCGGUGUGUGUGUGUGUGUGUGUGAGUGUUUGAGGCCGUAUGUGAUGGAUUCCUGUCUUGCACCGUUCAUGUUUGUCUUUCACUUGUGUGUUUUUGUUUUCCUGAAGCAGAGGCCACGUGGUUCUUGGUUGUGUGAUUAAGUGAUGUGCUGCUGCCUCCGUGGCCCGUGGCAGCGCUCACUUCUGUUGUCUCAUGUUGAUGUAGAGGGCCACGCUGAAGCCUCGGAGAAAUCCCAAAUCAAAAUGUCAAGGUGUGCAUUGUUCACUGGUUCUGUUUUCAUUGACCCGAGGGUCUGUGGAGAGAAAUCACCAACGUAUUUAAUGUGUCCUUUUAUGCUCUACAUGACUUGUACUAAUAGUACAUAAGGACUAUACCAUAACAAGUUAUCGUGUUACACACCCUAUAUAUAAUCAUUGAAAUUGGAAUCUGAAACAGAAUUUUUUAAACUUUAUUCCUAUGAUCUUGAAUAAUUUAACGUUGUAUUAAUCAAGCACGUGCACCCAAAGCCAGAGUCUGCAGACACUUGUCAGUAAUGUUGAUAUUCUUGUUGCUCCAUUUGGUCUGUUGACUAACUGAAUGUUUUUAUACGUUGCAAUCAAUUCUUCAUAGUCAAAGAAACCUAUUUGCAUAAUACCGGUAAAAGAUUUGCAACAGGAAAUGCAAUCAAAUAAGUAACUAUACUUAAUAGUUUCUUGUCAACGUAAACAAUCUCCAAAAUGUGUCUUAGAUGAUACUGCAAGGAGUGUAAAAAUACUGAGUGAAGUGUUUUAUGUGAUCAUUGAACUUUAAAUCGAAACUUUUUUCCUCAAAUGGGAAAAAAUGCAAAGCAAAUCAAAUUCUAUAAAUGCAACCAAAGAAAUUCCAAUUGCAAUGCCAAGCUUUCCGCUCUCUGAUCACAUAAAAUCACAGCAGAUAUGUGAAAUGCAUUUAACACACCUCAACCUUCCUGUCCUACCUCACUCUUUGACUCUCGAGGAGACAGUCACUAUGUGUGUUAUUUAUAUCAGAUUAUAGAAAUAAUUAGAUGGAAUUUCAUAUUUGAAACCAAAUAAAAGAACUUUGUUUAGUUAAAGAAAACCCCACAUUUAGUGUGAUGUGAAGGUGACUAAUAGUGCACAAGAAAUUAAUUAUUAACCAGAGGAAUAAUACAUCUCAUAGCUUUAAUCAUUUCAAAAUCUUCUACUCGUUGUUUUCUUUUAAAUAUUCAUUCUGUCCUGUUUAUCGCUCGUUGUCGCUUGUUUCAACUUGCACUUAAGGGUUCUCUCCCCUAAUGAUUUGUUAAUAUUAUUGAUUAAAUGCAAUGACAAGAGAGUGUUUGCCAAAAUGGAAUGUAAGAAAAGUUUCUGCUGGUGAUAAGUUUACAUGACUUUUGUUCCAAAGCUGUUUAUGCAUAGUUUCACUUUCACAAAGUCACACAGUCGGCGUCCCAGCACCAAAACAUCCACCUGUGAAUGGGAGGAGUGUCUCUAAACGCUGUGCUUCUUUUGUACUUUAAUCCAUUUGUAGAUAAUUUAUAAAUGUUUCUACUUUGUUUUCACGACAGCUUUUUCUUUUGUUGGUGCACUGAGAUUCCUUCCACCUGUAACCGACUGCGAGCAUUCUCCAUUGUGUCCUUUGAAAUCAGAUGUAUCGGUCCACCGUAUGUGCUUGCUUUGUGAAUCAAGGUUUAAAAAUGAAAAAAGAAAAAGCAAAGUCAUUGGACAGUAUUCAUGGUGAUCAUUAUGUAUGGGUGUGCAUGUCAAAAAUACAACUUUUAUAACCAAAUUAAAUUUGAUAUUUUUUAGGAAAUAA